GGGCGGGGUGUGUCGGGCCGCGAGGUCCCUCCGCCCCUGGGUCCCGUCGCCACACGCCGCCGAAGGUCUGGACCAGACGCCUUUUCCUCCCUCUUGUCCAUCGCCUUGUCCGGAGUCGGGCGCAUACCAUGUCCGUCGCACUCAGCAACAGGUUCCAAGGAGGGAAGGCGUUCGGCUUGCUCAAAGCCCGGCAGGAGAAGAGACUGGAGGAGAUCAACCGGGAGUUCCUCUGUGACCAGAAGUACAGUGAUGAAGAGAACCUGCCGGAAAAGCUUGCGGCCUUUAAAGAGAAAUAUAUGGAGUUUGACCUGAACAAUGAAGGCGAGAUUGAUCUGAUGUCUUUAAAGAGGAUGAUGGAGAAGCUGGGGGUCCCCAAGACCCACCUGGAGAUGAAGAAGAUGAUCUCGGAAGUGACAGGGGGUGUCAGUGACACCAUCUCCUACCGAGACUUUGUGAACAUGAUGCUGGGCAAGCGAUCAGCUGUCCUCAAGCUGGUCAUGAUGUUUGAAGGAAAAGCCAACGAGAGCAGCCCAAAGCCAGCUGGCCCACCUCCAGAAAGAGACAUUGCCAGCCUGCCUUGAAGACCCACCCAGACCUUCUGGGCUGCCAUCCCUGCCCCUGCCUCUCCCUCCUGCUCUCUGCUAUCGUGACUCAGUGUGAUAUGUCUCAUGCGUUAUGUCCCAGAGGACUCACUUUCUUUUUCUUUUUCAUUUCUUUAUGUAAGCACUUGUUACCUGACUUAAUGAGGCUGGGAAUCCUGAGCCUCAGGCCCCUUCACUCCCUGCAGCCCUGCCCUCUCUAUACAAAAGGGCUGACAUCAAACCAAAAACUGGAGAGGGCAGGGAGGCUGCAAACCUCAUUCCCCAUGUUUGAAGAGGGUCCUGUCCAAGUCUGUUCAUCUUUCAAGGUUUCUAAACUAAAUUCAGGCUGCAGAUUUGGUUCUGGUGGGCCCCUCCCCUUCUCCAACUCUCAGAAGAUCCAGGGCUUCUUAGUGUCCUAGGGGCGUGCUUCCAGUGCUGCCAGGGCUUCUAGCAAUGGCCACCCAGUGCCUAGAGACACAACUAAUUCUUGGUUCUUGCCCCUGUCCAUUCUCAGAGACGUGGCACAAGUUGGGGAGGAAAGAACAACCUUUGGGGUCCUUCAGAGGAACCAGAAGGAACCACAGCUUUACCGACAGCUCAGAGGGACAUUGGAAGUGCACUGUCCCUUGCUAGGGCAGUAAGGGGUUUGAAGGCAGAGAUGAGGACAGAGGUGAGGGGGAGUCCUACUUUCAGGGUGGAUGCUGAGGGCGCGAGGGGAGAAAAGGAGACAAGUGUUAAACCUCAAACAGAGAAAUAGGUUGUCUGAUUGCACAGUGCCCCAAAUCCAGCUAUUUACAUUCCCGCCCCACUCGCUCCUCCCUCCUCUCCCUCAGUAUGUAUUACAAGCUUUAAGUCCUCCUGCUUUUUCUUCAUGUGUGCUAUGUCCAACUCCUAGAUCCCUUUUCAAAUCCUUCAAGACCUGGAGCUUGGGGAUUAGAUGAAGGUCACCUAGCUGAUUUUGGCUGGGUCAGUCCUUCCAUUUCACUCCUGGCCUCCAGGGGUUAAGUGCCUUGCUGAAGAUCAGUGGGGGCUAUCAGAGAGUGUGGACUGAAUGAAGCCCUGCUCUAGGCUACACUGGUCAAAGGAAAGGGUAGGGAGCAGUAUCUCCCUGCGUGAUACUUGAGGAAGGUUUGAUCUCCACUGAACACCUUGGGUCAGGAUUCACCCUCCUGAGGGCCUCCAAGUUGGCAGUGAGAUUUCUUGCAGCAAAGUAUCAAACAUGACCCAUCUUUUUUUUUUUUUUUUUUUCUUUUUCGGAGCUGGGGACCGAACCCAGGGCCUUGUGCUUCCUAGGCAAGCACUCUACCACUAAGCUAAAUCCCCAACCCCUAAACGUGACCCAUCUUACCGGAGUGGGAGUUUUAGCCUUGAUCCUAACUGUUCUGGGCACUCAGGACAAGAUACAGUCACUCAUCUUUACCAAGCACCUGCUCUAUGCCACAAGUCCAGAACCCAGCAGUGAAAUGGACUGAGGCAUGAAAUUUGUGUCUACUGGGAAGCCACACCCAGCUAAUGACAGUGUGAUGUUAGGAAAUGGGGGGAGGAGCAAGAGGUGAGUGCCGCCGAGUAGUCCCAGGAAUUCCAGCUGGGCUCAUGACUUGGCAAGUGUCAGAAGAGCUUCUGUGAAACUCUUAAGUGGAGAAAGACAGGGAAGCAUUGAGCUAGUGUGGUUUUCCUGUGGCUCCUUAGAGUUCCACAGUCCAGUACCCAGGGUGCUGUUCCCACAGCAUCGAGGAAGAGUGAAGCAAGCAGCAUCGAAUGGUUAGCUCCACUUCAUCCUCUGGUCUCAACCAGUUCAGUUCAGGAGAGAUUGUUUAGCUAUGACUGGUUGAUUUUUCAGCCUAAGGAGUUGCUUCAAAUGCUCAGUCUAGUUGAAGUUUAAACCCCAACAUUCCUCCCUAUAAAUAUAAAACCCUGUCUACCCUCACCCCACCUUUGACUUUUUUUUUUUUUUUUAAGAUUACCAUCUCUGCCUCCAUUCCUUCUGCCUUCCUUCUCUGACUGGACUGGGACCUUGGACUGCAUUGUGUCCCUAUUCUCUGUGAUAGAGGACGGCAGAAUCAGCCAGGCUCAAUGGGUCUACACUCAUGAGCUUACACACCGCCUCCAUAAAGGAGUGUGCCUCUGUCCUCUGCAAAGUACAGAAAGACCAUCUUCAGUGGUUUUAGCUCAACCCAUGGGAAGAUAGUCUUAAGAAUAACCUUUUAAUGAAGGAGUUGGCAAAUAUUUCAAGUUGUGCCUGCUGGUUCCAGGGUUCUUAACCUCUCUAGUUAAGGGCUUAGCUUUCUUGGGACAUCAACUGUCUUAUUUCUGAAAAAGACCAAAUGUAACUGGUGUCACCAGCAGUGUGGGAAUGACCAAGUAUGACUUUGUCCCUGUGAUUCAAAAGAUGUUUGUCAGGUAGAGUUGGGUGAAUGCCAUUAUUGUGUGCAUGGGUAUGUAUGGGUGGGAUAUGGUCUCCUGCAGACUGAAAUAAAUCAGAGCAAUUU